CGUGUCGCAGUACCGUUUAGGUUCAUUUUCGCUCACGCGGCCAUCUUCUCUUCUCCGCGAGAAGAUAAAAGUGUCGCAGGAUGGCUGACUACUCCAGCGUGGCUCCUCCGCCUAACGCGGGCGGUGGCAUGAACGACGCCUUCAAAGAUGCGCUCCAGCGGGCUAGACAAAUCGCAGCUAAAAUAGGGGGCGAUGUUGGCGGGGCACCUCCUCCGACAACCAAUGAGUUUGGAUACGGAGGCCAGAAAAGGCCCUUGGAAGAUGCAGAUCAACCAGAAACAAAGAAAGUUGCCUCACAGAUGGAUCCUUUCUCAUCAAUGAUGGGAGGAAUGAGUGCCCCUCAAAGAUCUACCUCGGAGGAGUUCAAAGUUCCCGAUGGCAUGGUUGGAUUCAUUAUCGGGAGAGGAGGAGAGCAGAUAUCCAGACUUCAGCAGGAGUCAGGCUGCAAAAUACAAAUUGCCCCUGACAGUGGAGGAUUGCCUGAGAGGUCUGUGUCAUUAACGGGUUCCCCAGAUUCCAUCCAGACUGCAAAGAGGUUGUUGACCGAAAUCGUGGAGAAGGGCCGGCCCGCACCAGCAUUCCACCAUUCUGAUGGGCCAGGAAUGGCUGUGCAGGAGAUUCUAGUCCCUGCCACCAAAGCCGGACUGGUGAUUGGGAAAGGAGGGGAAACCAUUAAACAGCUGCAGGAACGCGCUGGAGUGAAGAUGGUGAUGAUUCAGGAGGGACCGCAGAACACGGGGGCUGACAAACCUCUGCGGAUCUCUGGAGAGCCCUAUAAAGUUCAGCAAGCCAAAGAGAUGGUGAUGGAACUCAUACAUGAUCAAGGCUUCCGGGAGCAGCGGAAUGAGUACGGCUCAAGGAUGGGAGGCGGAGACUUGGAUGUUCCAGUCCCAAGGUUUGCUGUGGGAAUAGUGAUCGGAAGGAACGGCGAAAUGAUUAAGAAGAUCCAGAACGAUACUGGUGUGAGGAUUCAGUUUAAACCAGACGAUGGCUCUAUGCCAGAGAGAAUAGCUCAGAUAAUGGGACCUCCUGACCGGUGCCAGCAUGCUGCAGAGAUCAUUUCCGACCUGCUGAGGAGUGUGCAGUCCGGGGGUCCUCCAGGGCCCGGGGGCCGGGGCCGAGGCAGAGGCCAGGGCAACUGGAACAUGGGCCCGCCCGGAGGGAUGCCAGAGUUCGUCUUCACCGUCCCCGCCAUGAAGACAGGCCUCAUCAUCGGAAAAGGUGGCGAGACCAUCAAAAGCAUAAGCCAGCAGUCCGGUGCCAGGAUAGAGCUCCAGAGAAACCCCCCUCCCGGUGCCGACCCCAGCCUGAAGAUAUUCACCAUCCGGGGCUCGCACCAGCAGAUAGAUUACGCCCGGCAGCUUGUGGAGGAGAAGAUUGGGGGUCCAGUCAGUCCAAUGGGUGGCCCCCAUGGACCCCCAGGCCCACAUGGAGGUCCUGGCCCACACGGUCCACCUGGCCCACCCGGUCCACCUGCACCCAUGGGCCCGUACAACCCUGGACCCUACAACCAGGGUCCUCCUGGACCACAUGGCCCACCUGCACCUUACCAGCCCCAAGGCUGGGGCAAUGGCUUCCCCCACUGGCAGCAGGGACAGCAAGAUCCUGGUAAGGCAGCUGCAGAUGCCAACGCAGCCGCCUGGGCAGCCUAUUACUCUCAGUACCAGCAGCAGCCCCAGGCGCCCAUGGCCCCCGCCAGCAGCGCCCCCGGCACAGCUCAGACCAACGGAGGAGGUGACCAGCAGGCUCCAGUUCAGAGUGGACAGGCAGAUUACACCAAGGCCUGGGAGGAAUAUUACAAGAAAUUGGGUCAACAGGGCCAGCAGCCGCAGGACUACACCAAGGCUUGGGAGGAGUAUUAUAAAAAACAAGGCCAGGCAGCUCCUCAGGCCGCUGCGCCGGCCGCGCCCCAGGCAGGGGGGCAGCCGGACUACAGCGCCGCCUGGGCGGAGUAUUACCGGCAGCAGGCGGCCUACUACGGGCAGGGCAGCCCCCAGGGCGUGGCCGGGGCACCGCAAGCACAGCAGGUACUCUCCCACUAAAGAGCUUUGCCUUUCUGAUGGUGUGCCGUUGUACGUGUGCUCAUUUGUUUUUUUUUCUCUUUGUUAAUGAAACUGCAUGCAUACGGUACUGUUUUUUUUUUUUUUGAUUUCUUUGCGCUAACCGUUUCCUCUCCAGGUGUACCAGAACACCAGAGGAGCUGGCGCUUCUAGAACUAACUUUUCUUUCCCCCCAUGCAGGCUUCUUUGUGUUCUUUUUCUGUUUAACCUUUUUUUUUUCUUGAGCCGAAUAGAUGUCCAUGUUGUUAACCUCAUUUGUAUCUCUUAUGUAUUUCUUCUGCACAGGGCCAGUAAUGUGAAGUGGACAUAGAGUAUUUGCUUCCUUGUCGAAAAACCUUUGUUAAAUGUUUGGAUGCAGACGCCUUGAUGAAGAUCUUAAUUUCUUUGGUUUAAAAAGUGUUUAAACACAUGACAAACUCCAGAGGCAGUUUUUUUUUCUUGUACAAAAUGAACGGUUUGUUUUUAGUGUGGUAAUAGAUUUGGACAUUCCAGCUCAUGUAUUUCAUAUGUUGUGGUCAGUGCUCAUGUCUAUGAACUGUAGUAAUUUCCAUGUAAAUCAUCUCAGUUUUAAAAUUACAUGCCUGUUGUGUUUUGCAAUAAAACAAAAUGAAACCUC